GUACUAUAUACUUAUGGAGUGCUUCCCACUCAUUAGCUAAACCAUUUGUCAAAGGCAGUACCAAGAUUCUUCCAAUAGUACUGAUGUGGACCCACAGGCGUUCUGAUUCAAGGUACUGUGGGCACAUCACGCGCUCGCCUCUGAUCAGAAUAUCAUUCCAUGCACACUGGAACUUCUGAUGAUAAGCCGUCCGCAUGGGACGGCGCUUUGGUGUCGGCGUAGCGCUCGUUGUGCCACUCGAAUUUAACUAUCAUGAUCAAUCAAGCCUUUGAUUCGUUUCCAUCUCCCACUGCAUCAUGCAGAAGUUCAUCGGCACUGUAUCAUCAGCCCUCAAGGCCCUAUUGAAGGGCCCAGCUUGGUUGCUAUGGACACUAUUCUCCAUAUUCAAGAGCAAGUCCCGGCCACCGCCGGUACCAUCCUUGGGGUUAUCUUCACUAUCUGAUUCACCAUACGAAAAUGCUCACUCGUACCCGCCACGUCCAGCCGCCGAACACCGUCAAUCCCCCUCCGCUCAUCAUCCCCCUCCCGCUCAUCAAUCCCCUGCCACUCAUCGAUCUCCUGCUGCUCAUCAAACCCCGUCCGCUCAUCAACCUCCUUCUGCUCAUCGAUCCCCUUCUACUCAUCAACCCCCUUCCACUCAUCAAUCUCCUUCCGCUCAUCAACCUCCUUUUUCUCAUCAACCCUCUUCCUUUCAUCAAUCUCCUUCCGCUCAUCAACCUCCUUUUUCUCAUCAACCCUCUUCCUUUUAUCAAUCUCCUUCCGCUCAUCAACCUCCUUUUUCUCAUCAACCCUCUUCCUUUCAUCAAUCCCCUUCCGCUCAUCAACCACCCCCACCCCAUCAGCCUCGUCGCCAACCGAGCGUACGAUUCCCUGCACAACCUACGCCCCUCGUAUCUCCUGAUGUUGCUCCAGUGAACGAGCCUGUUCGAAGUCACAUCCCUCAGCGGUCACGUCGUCCUUCUGGACCCGACUUACCUACAAGAACUCCAGAGAUUGUUGUAACGCCCGUUGAGAUUGACCCCUAUGAAGAUGCCGAUUCUCUUCGUCGCAAAGCCAGAAUUGAGGGAGGUCGCAUGGAAAAAUGUUUCAAGCAGAGCCAAGAAGCGUAUAAUGACAAAAAUGGAGGGCGCGCUAAAGAGCUUUCUUCGAGGGGUGAGGCGUACAAAGACAAUAUGGUGCGCUUAGAUAAGGCAGCCAGCACGAAGAUAUUUGAAGGUAUGAGAGUUGGUGGACAGACCGUGCAGAAUUCACCAACUUACCUCCAACUUCAUCUAGAAAAUAAUCAAGGACUCGGUUUCGACACGAUUGAUCUCCACGGACUCUUUGUCUCAGAAGCCAAGUUGUACUUUGACAACGCUGUUCAAAAGGUUCGGAACCAUGAAGAGUCAUCACUUCGUGUGAUCGUAGGAAAGGGAAAUCACUCCGAAAAUAACAUCCCCAAGAUCAAAGUUGCAAUUCAAGAACGUGCGAGAAGUCUGGGUCUGGGCGUUGAAGUGGAUCCUCUCAACGAGGGUUGCCUUGUUGUUAGUUUAUGAGUCUUGAUCUCAGCUGGCUUGAAAGGCAAUUUUUGGCGACACUCACAUGAGUCCCGCAUGCUUUUUUGUGUUAUCCUUCCCCUUUUCAUACUCCAGUGUGUAUGAUACGAUAACAAAU